GGACUAUCUAGGUCUAGUUAAUGGAUCGAGAUCCCGGGGUUUUAUUGACUGCUAGGCAUUAAGGAGGCUGUAAAAGUCAACGCGUAAAAGGCAUAUUGGAGCACUUGUGUCCAGAUGUUAGUCCACACCUACUCGACCAUGGACCGAGCGGACGGACUGUCCAGCUCCUCUCCGAGCGGGCGACUCUCGCAGCUCUCUUCGCUGAACCAGGCAGCGUAUUCCUCGGCUCCCCCGCUCUGUCACACUCCGGCGUCCGACUUCCAGCCGCCCUACUUUCCACCUCCAUACCCCCAGUCCUCACUGUCGUAUUCCCAGAGUCAAGACACCGGAUACCCGCAUUUACCGGACCCCUAUCAGUCCAUCAAUUCCCUCCAUCAGCACCAGCAGGCAGCGUGGCAUUCCCAGCGCUCGCGCUCAGAAGAUGCGGGGCUACUGUCGCAGUCACACCGCGCUCUGAGCUUAGAUCCGCGGCGGGAGUAUCCGGGCGUUCCGCGGCUGCUCCAUCAUGGACUGGGUGAAGGAGCAGCGGCGCUCGGUGAAGGUCCUCUGGGAAUGCACGCAGUGGGUCAUCACGGUCUGGAUGACAUUCAGGGUAUGGAGGAGGCAUCCGCUUUGGGGAUCCUGGAUCAUUCUGUUAUCAAGAAAGUUCCGGUCCCAUCAAAGCUAAAUGGCUCUGCCUUGUCCUUCACUAAAGAAGGCCUGGGUCUGGGCGGUGUGUCCAACCCCGCAGAGGUUUUCUGCUCUGUCCCGGGCCGCUUGUCGCUCCUCAGCUCCACCUCUAAGUACAAGGUCACAGUUGGAGAAGUGCAGAGACGCCUGGCCCCACCUGAGUGCCUCAAUGCCUCGCUGCUCGGAGGAGUCCUGCGCAGAGCCAAGUCAAAAAACGGAGGCCGCUGUCUGCGAGAACGUCUGGAGAAGAUCGGCCUCAACCUGCCUGCUGGUCGGCGAAAGGCAGCCAACGUCACACUCCUCACAGCGCUGGUGGAAGGUGAGGCGGUUCAUCUCGCACGGGACUUCGGGUACGUGUGCGAAACCGAGUUCCCCGCCCGGGCCACAGCAGAGUAUCUGUGCAGACAAUCCGACCCAGAUCAGCUGCCCACACGACGCAGUAUGCUGCUGGCCACCAAGGAGAUUUGCAAGGAGUUUGUGGACCUGAUGUCGCAGGACAGGUCACCGUUGGGCGCCAGUCGCCCCACCCCCUGCCUGGAGCCCGGGGUGCAAAGCAGCCUGACCCACUUCAGCCUCCUCACCCACGGUUUCGGCACACCCGCCAUCUGCGCCGCCCUGUCGGCCUUCCAGAGUUACUUGCUAGAGGCCCUAAAACUGCUGGAUAAAGGAGAGGGAGGGGGAAAAAGCCACCACGACAAGGAACUCAAGCACCGCAAAUGAACAAUCGGGAGAGAGACACUACCUCCCUCACUUUUAGGAGCGUAUGAGUGUAUUUAUGUGUACGAAUGUGUUCGUUCACCCCACCGUUUCGCCGCCUGUACGAACCGAUCGCAUUCGUCUCUGAUGAAAUCCAAGAUCUCCAGAAAAAGAGGAAAUGCCACGAUGCUUCGUGCUGCACGCGGACCACAAACUCCCAAUGGAUCCCCAUGACUUGACUUAUACGGAGCCCUACACGGUGUUCUCUGGAGAUCGGGCCCCUAAACCAAUCAAAAGAUGGCACAGACAAUUAAGGAUGGGGGCGUAAAAGUAAUUAGGUAUUGACAAACGAAUUUGAAAAUGUCAUUUUGUACUUCAUGUUGUAUGUUUAUUAUCUAUGUUACUGUUAUUCUUAUUGCCGUAUUGCAAUGUAAAUGUAAUAUAUUAUUAAACCAACAAUUGAAUUCAACCGCUUGAUGCUGAGAAUGACUUCCUGAUGAAAAAAAACCCACAACUUUUUAUACACAACUAGCAGGUUUUUGCUUUGCAUAAAUGGACUUGUUGGCAUGGUACAAAUCUGGCGUGAUUACAAAAUUAGCGUGAUACAAAUUGAACACCCAGGGGGAUGUUUGAAAUUUCUAGCCCCAUUUGCUAAAGGCAGGGUGACAUUAACCCAAACCGAAACCUCAAUGUGACACAGUGGCAAAUCCGGCAGAAUUACCUCUGAGAUAAAACAGUCCUGACCACUAACCCCCGGGGGCUCGGCAAUCACUACAGUCAGCGAACGCGGCUAAACAGUUGCUAGGCUCUUCUCUUCCACCGCUUCUGUCUCCUCUCACCCCAUCUGUCACUCUACCUUUCUUCGUCUGCUCAGGGGCCUCCAUCUCCAUACCUGCCCCCCUGCCGGCUCUCACUCACACGAGCGCACACACGUACCCAUCCUGAGUGUCAAUUCCCCGCUUCCCCCUCGCCGUGACCCCCUCCCUCCCUUCAUCUCUCU